AUGUUCAACUAUGAAAGGAUAGAUCAUGGAAACGGUAAAGGCACUGGUGUAUCAAUAGAGAAUAGAAAUUUAAGCACUGGCUAUCUAACAGUAAAUUUCAAAGAUACAGAAGGUAGAAUAUUAUCAGUUAAAUUCAAUUCGUAUAUCAACAUCAACAUCCUUUUAAUUUAUGCCCCAGCAUCAAUACCUAGAAGAAAUGCAUUCAUUAUAGCAGCAAAGAAUCUCAUUAAAGAUCAAAAAAUCAAACAUGACAUCAUUGCAGGUGACUUUAAUGCAGACCACAACAACAAUUCACACUAUGGUAUUGGUAUCAGAAGUAUAAUUGAAGAAAGCAACCUGAAAGAUAUAGGUGCAAACAACAAUAUCGCAACUUUUUCAAGAUCUAAUAGCAGAUUGGACAGAAUUUAUUGUAAACCAACAAUGGUGGGUUCAAACCCGCUAAGGGUGCAUGAAGAUAUUUACAACAAAUCUGACCACACACCUAUUUCAAUAGAUUUAAAAAUGAAUAACAAUAGCGCAAACGAUAUCAACAUCAACAACAUCAAAAUUGAAAAACUCCCGUGGACAUUAUGCAAAGAAACAUUGGCUGAUCCAACAAUUCAUGAAGAAAUCUCGCAAAUCAUAGAAAACAACAAACAAUACAUCAACACACUAGAUGACUGGAUCCACUUUAAGAAUUAUACAAUCAGGCACCAUCUCAAAAAGCAACAGAACUUGAUAAAAAAGGAAAAAAACAAAAAGAAGAGUAGGUUACAUAGAUUAAUUGAAAGAGAAGAUUUAUACCCUGGUCAAAGAAAGCAACUAGAAGACGAAAUGGAAGAGUUAUUGAAAGAAGAAGAAGCAAAUAAACAAUGGGAAACCAAAUUGAAACUUCACUUAAACCAAGAAACUCCAAGUAGAUAUCUAACAAGUAAACUAAAGAAAAGGAAAAAGGACAGAUCCAUAUUCCAAAUUAAAAAUAAAGAUGGAACAAUUGUAUCAGAAAAAGUUGAAAUAGCCAAAUGCUUCUUAGAAUUCUAUCAAGAACAAUACGAUGAAAAACCAGAUAAUGAAAGUAAACACAAGGAACUAUUGGAUAAAUGGAUAGUGGACAAACAAUACAUUUCCAGACUAUCAUUAGAUAGUGCAAUCACACCAAAAGAAGUCAAUAAUGCAAUUAAAAAUUCUAAUCCACACAAAUCUCCAGGACUAGAUGGAAUCAAUGCUGCAUUAUAUAGAAACCACUCUGCAUCACUUUCAACAAUCUUAGCAAAAGUAUUUAAUGAUACAUUAACUAAUCAAAAAGAAAUCAAUCCCAACUUCAAAGAAGGAUUUAUCACAACACUAUUCAAGAAAGGAGACGAACUACAAAUAGCUAAUAGAAGACCAAUUACUCUACUCAAUACGGACUACAAACUAUUAAGUAAGAUCAUCAACAACCGUUUACUUGCAGUUACAAAGAAAAUAAUAAACAAAUUUCAAAAUGGGUUUGUUCCAAAUCGUUACAUCCAAGAUAAUAUUCAAAUAAUGAAGGAGGUAAUCGAAAGAGCAAACAAAUCAAGAAAUAGUACUACGUUAAUCACAUUCUUCGAUUUCAACAAAGCUUUCGACUCAAUUAGCCACAAAAGUAUCAGAAGAACAUUGAGCCACAUUGGCAUACCAAAAACGAUAGUAGAAUUAAUAAUGAAUCUAUUAAAAGAAACAACGAAUAAGAUCAAGAUAAAUGACUUCCUGGUGGGACACAUUACAGUUAACAGAGGCACAAAACAAGGAGAUCCAUUAUCACCAACAAUAUUUGCACUUGUAAUGGAAGCACUACUAAUUGAUAUACUUAAAGAAAUCGAAAUUAAAGGAUUUAAAUUAUCAGACCAGAAAAGAAUCAAGCUAACAGCAUUCGCAGAUGAUAUGUCAACUUUCAACAACUCAGCAGAAGAAUUAAAAUUAGUAUUGGACAAAAUCAACAACUACUGUCUAGGUACAUCUUCAAAACUUAAUCAAGAGAAAACUGUUAUGAUAUGCAUUGGUAAUAUACCACCAAACCUCCCAUUUAAGAUUAGUGAAGCUCCAGAAAGAUACUUGGGUCUCAAUUUCACGAAAGUGGGCCUCAAUUCAAAAAUCACAUCAAUCAUCAACUCAAUCAAAGAUAGCUUAAACAAUUGGAAAAGUCAAGCAACUACAAUAAGAGCAAAGAUGACAAUUGUCAAAACAUAUGCGCUAUCGAGAUUAUCCUACCAUCAAUAUCUAGACUCACUAAAUGAAUCACACAUUACUGAACUAAACAAUAUCAUUAAAUGGUUCCUCUUCUCCGCAAUUAAAAAUACAUACACAGAAGAACAUAAAUAUAGAACAUUAAUGACAAUGGAUAGAGCAUACGGUGAUUGGAAAGAAGGUGGAAUUAAGAUGUGGGACUUAGGUAUCAGACAAGUAGCAUUCAAAGUUUGGAACAUGAAUAGAUUAUUACACAUUAUCAAGAUAAAAGCAUGCAACAUACUACAAGAAUGGUAUAUGGAACAAAUCAGCAACAGCAAAUAUAUAUCAAUUGGAUUAAGAGAGAUGGUAGACAGAUGGAAAGAUUUUAGAAACAACUUUGCACCACAACACAAUAAACUAAAAUCACUACCUGAUUGUAUCAAAGGUCAAAACAAAAAGCCACUUCAACUUAAAGAAAUCUAUAACAUGUUAAUCACUCACAAAUACAAAUCAAUAAGAAAAACAGAUGGACAAAAAAAUCUAAUUUCAAUAAAUAACAUCAACAUACCAUCCAUCUUCCAACAUAUCAACCACAUAUCACAUCAAAAAGGUAGAAAUACACUAUUCAGAUUUUUCUCAAGGUCACUUCCUGGAAUCAACUAUGAACGUAACGUACCAUGCAAAAUCUGUAACAAUAUAAUCCGUGACCCAUACACUCACCUUUUUAUAGACUGUAUGCAAGUAAAAGAAAUAGAAAACAUAAUAAUUUCAACAUUCAACAAUCUCUCAUUCUUCAAGAUCAGAAAUUGGGAUCUCAAUUCACUAGAUAUUAGCAAAACAAAUAAAAAAGAAAGAAUCUACCCAAAUUUAAUCGGCAUAAUUAUACAUCAACUAUGGAGAAUAAUUUGUCACAAACUAUUCAAUCAAGACGAAUCUAAAACUCCACCCUCAUUUGAUCCAACAUUAAUUGAAAAAGAACUAACCAACUUAAUUAAAAUAGAGAAAUUCAUUUUAAUAAAGAAGAUCGAAAGGAGUGAAACAAUAUACAAAUUAAAUAACAGAGACCAAUUAAUAAUCAACUUCAACACAUCAUGGCAUAACCCGAACACUCCAAACCCAAUUCCAUUAUAA